GACGGGGCGGCACGCGCCGUUUCUCUCCGCGCCUGGGGAAGGCCGGUAUGGAGAGGACUGCACGGCUGGAAGAAGCUCCCUCCGCGCCGCGGCGACGGUGCCUGGGUGACCGGCGUCCGUCCGAGACAGGAACAUGCCACGGCGUUCGGGAGCAGGGUCCAUUUCACAGACGGCAACACCGAGUCGCAGGCAUCUGCCAGCCCGGCGAAACACCCCGCGUUGGAUUCGGGGAUUGUUGCCCCCGACCGCGAGCUGCCGGAGACGCGACUUGAAAACCGGCGUCCCUCGAGGAGGCCUGGAGAGCGGACCGAGGAGCUCUCCGACUUUCUCCUCCUCGUACGAGCCCGUUAGGUCAGGCCUUUUCUUUAAUUAGGUCUUAAAAUUGGCGCCGACCGACCGCCGGUAGCCGUCGAGGUACGGCCGGAGAAAACGUGUCAGUAUUCCAGAAAAGAGACCUACCUUUCACACGGGGAAAGGAGCAGGUUGGCAGCGUCCCGGUUGAAGCAGAUUUCACGUGCCAGCUUUCUUCCUAUGGAAAUCUGCCCAGACUUCCUCCGCUGGGCUUCCUUGACUUUUUUUUCCCCUCCCCUCCUUUUUCGUAUAGCCCGUUUAAUUUUGCACGUGCAAAGCCGGAGAUGUAGCUCUCUUGUCGGGCGGCAAAAGAGAAAACCGCGUGUGACCUCUUUUGACAGAAAGCUGUGUCAGUGGGUUUGAGCGGGGAAAGCUGUCUAGGUGAAUUGAAUCCAGCAAAUGUUAGACUUCAGCACGGAAAGAAAUUGCCCGCAUUGAAUGACACCAUAUGGUGGAGACACAGCAAGCUAAUGACUUCAUUGGGAGUUUUGCCAGUGUAAGAAGUACUGAAUAAAGUGCGCUCAAUAGAUUAAUUUACUGUGGUUGUGUUUCGAAAAAGGCUGGGUGAUUGGAUGACCGUUAGGAACAUGGUGGUGAUGCGGGCUCAGAGAAAGGCAAUCAAACGUCAUUCAUCCGGGCAUCAGUCAGUCAGGUGCCGCCGUCGGGAAGGAUUCCCCUCCUCCACACGCGCGGCGCACAAGCGUUGCAUAAUGAUGCGCCGCACGUGAACUGCGGCUGAAGGCGAGAGAUUGGGUACGAUACACUGUUUGCUCGAAAUGGCUGGUGAGUCCGGUAUAAAUCCAGAGACCCUCCUUGCCUACCGUAGUCUGUGAUCGGGGCUCCUAGGUUGCGGAUCAAGAGUCCACGGUGCUCAAACAUGCAGUAGAGAGAUGGUCUCUGCCCCACUCGGCGCACAGUCUACCCAUGAGGCUAACGACCACGUAGGGCUACAGACGCAUUGCAGGGUCCAGGGAGCAGCGAGACAGUCGGGUCAAUGUGGUCGGCGGUGGUGACAGCGGGUCCGCUUCAGCUCCUGGCAAGAGGACAAAGUUUUUUAGGCAUCGACGUAAAGGCGGGGAAGGAGGCUGUUUUAUGUUGAGGCCUCCCCCAGCAUCUGGCAGCAGAGGGGAAAGCACAAAGGCGCCGGCUUGAAAUGUAAUCAGCUGGGGAUGGAGGCUGGAACUGGGCUUGACAUCGCAGCGGCAAAGAGGUUAUGAAGGGCCUUGAAAGUACAGACAAAUAGUUUGCGCUUCAUGAGACGGAGGGGUAGGAGCCAGCGGAAGAUGCGAGGAGAGGAGUCGACAUGGUCCAAGCGAUGGUUUGGGUAGCGAAACCCCUUGCAGCAGGCCUGUACUUCAGCAGACUUCACUGGAGCUGUAGUUAAUGCCACAUCUGCUCGGCAAACAUUUAUUGGGUUUACUGUCAAUCCUGCGCAAACUGAAGAGCGCGCCAGACCAGGAGGUGAGGAUCCUUCUCCUGGGGCUGGACAAUGCCGGCAAGACCACGCUUCUGAAACAGCUGGCGUCCGAAGACAUCAGCCACAUCACACCGACACAGGGCUUUAACAUUAAAAGCGUACAGUCCCAAGGCUUCAAGCUGAACGUCUGGGACAUAGGCGGACAAAGGAAGAUCCGGCCGUACUGGAGGAACUAUUUUGAAAACACUGAUGUCCUUAUCUAUGUCAUCGACAGCGCAGAUAGAAAGAGGUUUGAAGAAACGGGUCAGGAGCUGGCUGAGCUCUUGGAUGAGGAAAAGCUCAGCGGAGUCCCCGUGCUCAUCUUCGCUAACAAGCAGGAUUUGCUCACGGCUGCCCCUGCCUCCGAGAUCGCCGAGGGACUGAACCUGCACACAAUCCGCGACAGAGUCUGGCAGAUCCAAUCGUGUUCGGCCCUCACAGGAGAGGGAGUGCAGGACGGCAUGAACUGGGUCUGCAAAAACGUCAACGCCAAGAAGAAAUAAAAUAAAGCGCAGCGAGUUGCGUGGACGCCGGUGGAGCUGCGGGAGGCACGAGUCUGUCCUGAAAACACUAAUUUGCUGCUUUCUGACCAAAUGUUUUUCCAUCUGUGCACAGCUACAGCUGUUAAAAGGGAACCACAGUUAAACCGAUUGCUGGAAUUGGAACUCGACCUGCUCUUUAGCCUAUUCUUUUGCCCAAUAAAGGAAUUGCAAUUCUCCAUCCCCCCCCCCCCGCCCCUCCCCCGUGCAUAAAUAGUAUUAAAUGUCUAAUUAGAAAAUGAGUUCUUGACCAGAAGCAAGGCUGCGAUUCGGUUUAGGGCAGGCCGGUGGGUUCAGGGGAGGGGGCUGCUUUCUAGGGGCUGAGAUAAGGACGCAUCUCAGUGCACUCACAGGAGCUGCAAUCACUCAAGGCAUUCUCAGGUGUCAGCGAGAGCUUUUCCCGGUGACAGAUGAGUUGCUGUGUUACCAUGCGGUUAGCUAACAGGUAGACGCCGAGGCAUUGCGUGUAACACAGGUAGAAGUCACGCACAAUCUGCUGUGCCCUAUAGCCAUAACUGGGGACUUCUCUCUUAACAAGGCGCAGUCGCAGGGUGCUCCCCCCCCCGACGCCCAGAGGUGGGAAAGGAGCGCAAAACCCACGCCCGUGACCAUUUAAAGAGGAGGAAGAGAAGCAGGGGUGGCAUUUCUCUCAGCCAAAGCAGAAGGCAGCGUUUCCCCUAGAGCUGGCAGGAACUUGUGCAGCCAACUUGAGCAUAGCAGCGGGUUGCUCUGCUUGUGAAAUUAGUCCUGGUGUCAUACAAGCCCUUCUGGUCUUCCAGUGCCCUCCAGGUGACUGCAGCGAAGCACAAUUCAUGCCCUCCUCGUAUUCUGCAAAGAUAGAGCUCGUAGACGUGGUCCCGGCUUUCCUCCGUAAAUCUGUACAACACGUUCUCUGGCCUCCUCUGAUGUCCUUUUUUCAUGUCCGGAGCUGCUCUGGGCGUGCCCCGCCGUGGGGACUUGGUGCGCUCGC